AUGGACGCCCUUCCUUCUUACGGCGAUGCAUUCCCUCGCCUUCCCGGAGCGGAUCCACGCGACGCCACACGACGGGACGUGACGACGCGAAACACUCUCCAGAGUCUCUCCGAGCACAAGGCUUUCACGGAUCUCGCUGAGGAGCUGCCUCGCUUCGAAGAGCCGCUUCCUGCGCCCAGUGCGUCUGUAGGGAAUACACCUGUGAAGCCACGAGACACGGCGACUCGUGUAGACUGUCUUCUGCCACCGCGCAUCCCCACUCAGGGGCUUCCGUCCGCUGCGAGGGACGCCCAGGGCUCCGGAACGGGUCUCCUGGUCUACGUGACGGGCUUCGGUCCCUUCGGCUCGGUGCAGAACAACCCGACAGGGUGCCUGGUCUCGAACGCGGCGCGCGCCCUUCGUCGUGCGCAGGCAGGCGAACAAGCCGCGGCCGAAGAGCCGCAGAUGUCUGCGGGGGACGCCCAGCGCGGCGACGCUCCGGCAGCCAGUGGCUCCAUUCCGAGGCUGUACUUCGGUUCAGUCAGAACGACCCUACCUUUCGAGCAGCUCAGGGAGGCCUGCUCAGCGGAUGUCGGCGACGCCUCGGCUUUGCGUGAUGGACGACGAGGCUCCCGCGCUCACCAGGGUCGUGCGGCGCCGCAGGAAGACUCUGCAGAGGAUCCCCACCGCCUGGGAGGGGGAGUCGAGACGGAGGAGGACGCAGACGCCGCGUCAGGGGCAGGCGCCUCGCGAAGAGCCAAGGACGGAGACUUCCGGUUCGAAGAAGAGCAGGGCGCGCCGACGGGGAAGGCAGCACAACGCGCAGUUGCGCAGGCACUCGCAGAGCGUGAACCGCCAGUCUGUCGCAUCUCCUCCGCCGUCCGCCUCUGUGGAGCUGAAAUUCUUGAAGCUGCAGCGAAGGCGGUGGAUGAGGCAGCGCCGCGAAUUCGAGGUGCGCUGCACUCUGCGCGGUGUUCGCGGAUCGGCUGCGAGCAGGGCCGCGAGGAGCUUUCGCAGAGCCCUGCGGGAGAGGAAUCUUUCUCUCUGAAGCGAGGGCGCGCAGUCGACAGAACGCUCGCGGUGGCGUCGAACAGGGCUGAUGCGGCGGAUGUCCACUCUGCGGGCGGGAACGGGGUGGGGACGCCGCGAACGGAGGCGGCUUCCAGCGUUGAACAGAGGCCGAGCGCAGAAGAAGGCGGGAUUCCGUCGCCCGAAGGAGCCCUUUCAGUCAAGAAAGCCACACCUCCCUCGGAAGUCGCGGCAAAGGAGGAGGGAGGCGCACGCUCCGUGGACAGUUGUGGCGCGGAAAGCGCCGAAGGAGAGGGCGGUGAGACGAAGAAGCUCGUUCUCCAUCUCGGGCUCAACCAAGCCGCCACGGCCUUCGAACUGGAGCAGGUCGGCGUCAACGGUACGUCGGCGUUUGUGCGGAUCCUGACGGGCCUGGGGCCCGCCGUCGUCGAGUCGUCCGCGCCGGCGCUCCCUCAGUGA